AUGCCACGCCACGCCAAGCAUCAGCAACGAGCGGGCUUCGGUCUCCGCGCCGUCCUCGCACUCGCCCUCGCCCUCGGAUCCGCAGCAACGCUGGCCCUCCCCGCUGCCUCGUCGUCGUCGUCGUCGUCGUCGUCGUCGUCGUCGUCGUACCUGCUGUCGGCCCACGACCUUCAGGACAGCGACGCCGGUCGUGCCGGCUGCCUGAUCGAGACGGCCGAAAUCUAUGCAGAGAGCACCGAGGAAGCCCGUCCGCUCUGGAAGAUCCACCGUCUUGGCGACAGUCCAUCCUGCCAAGGUCGAGCCCAGUACCAUGCUCAGAGCGAUGAGGCCACCAUCUUGCUAGAGUCGAGCGGUGGCACGGCCACUGCAAGCUCAGUGCUCCUAGCCACCCGCGAGGCCAUCGAGUCUCCCACCGCCGGCGAGAUCGAAUCGAGCUGGGUCACUCGUCUUCGCGAAGCCCUCCGAUCGUCCGGCAACUGCACUCCGCGCGGCUCGACGGCCGGCGACGAGGCGCCCCGCUUCGUCAGCCAGCAGCAGGUCGGUCUUCAGCUCCGAAUCACCGUCGACGGCGACGAGGGCCACGUCUGCGCGGCGUCGUCCUCGCGAAGCGCAGUGGAGCUGCUCGAUGCUGCGCCCGACUUUGCCCUUCUCCUGGUCAACGACAACGCGAUGCUGGCCCGCAUCGAUACUCUGCUCCCGCGCGAUGUUCGCGUCCGCCGACUCGACUUCCGACCCACGCCCGCCGCCGUCAAGAGCGUGGAGGGCAACGGCGACGACAUUCCCAAACCUGAGCCGCACUACGGCCGAGCUCGGUACAACCCGCUGGUCGACGACAUCAUCUCUUCGAGCGCGUUCGACGUCGAUUGCCUGCGCAAGGACGUCCGCAUCCUCACCGGCGAGGACCGCCAGCCGCACGCGACCUGGACAUCGAGGCACAGCUCCACCUACGGCGCCGACCAGGCCGCCAGCUGGAUCCGCGACCAGCUCGCCGAUUCGCUCGGCACCCUGCCCGGCGUCAACUGCUCUCUGCAGCGCUACGACGCCUACUUCUCUCCCAACGUCGUCUGUACCAUCCCGGCGCGCCGCGGCGCGCACGAGCACGAGCACCGAGCUUCGUCAGAGGAAGGCCACAAAGAGCCCGGAUUGGUCCUCGUGUCGGCCCACUACGACAGCCGGGGAACCUUUGGCGAGACGGCGGCGCCGGGCGGAGACGACGACGGGUCGGGCACCACGGCACUCCUCGCCAUUGCCCGCGCGCUGGGACGACGUUCUGUGGCGUUUGCCUCGCCCGUCCACCUCGUCGCCUUCUCUGGCGAAGAGCAGGGUCUGGUCGGCUCGCAGCACUACGCCAAGCUGCUGCGCGAAGACAAGGCGGACGUCAGGCUGGCGCUGCAGAUGGACAUGCUGGCCUACCGCGCGCCGUUUGAGCCGAUGCAGCUCGCCUUCCCGGACCGCCUCUCGACGCGCACCGCCACCGCCCACGUCCGCAAGCUGGCGCAGAUCUACGUGCCGGAGCUCGUCGUGGGCUACACGCCCGCCUGCUGCUCCGACCACCAGAGCUUCUGGGAGCAGGGCUUCCCCGCCACCUGGGUGUUUGAGCGCAACGGGCCCAUCGCCGACCCCAUGUACCACAACAGCGGCGACGUGAGCGAGCGAGAGGGCUACGACUUGCACCAGCUUCGCGCUGCCGCCCGCGUCGUGGCCGCCGCGCUGCUCGACGUCGCCGGCUUCUACCUGUAG